AUGGAAUUCUUAGGUGUUGCAUGUGAAUGUCACGUAGAUGUCUGUAGCAGCAAAGGACUUCUUUCUGGAGCGAUUGCCUUCCUCACAAAGGAACAAAGGCUUAUUGACUGCAGACAUCAGCAAGUAUUGAUAUCUGAGACACUCUUGAAGUGCCGCGUUCUCAAUGGGGCCGAAUUCAUCGUGGUUGUGGAGAAAGACGCUGCCUUCCAGAAAAUGAUUGAUGAUGGUUUCUUCGAAUGUUUUCCCGGGAGUAUACUGGUAACGGGCAGAGGCUAUCCAGACCUUUGCACUCGGAAAAUGAUGCGAUGGCUAGUGGACCAAUUGUCAGUUCCUUUGUACGGGCUAUUCGACAGUGAUCCGCAUGGGCAGGAUUGCUAUGUGAAACAAAUCCAGUGGUUAGGUUUUAAGCCGUCCGAAGUCCACAACCUACCAGUUGCUAGCAACCAAUAUAUCAAGCUUAGCAAUCGUGACUUUGUGAAGAUCAGGAAACUUCGACGGAGAGCACAAGCUCUCGGUGAGCAGAACGUGGUCGUAGAGUUAGAUAUACUCUGCUCCCUGCGUUCCAAACUUGAAUUGGAAGCAUUAUCUUCAAUCGCUCCACAGUUCAUAGUUCGCAUGUAUCUACUGCCUCGACUAAAAGAUGUGUUAGAGAGUCAUAGAACGAUCAAGUUAUCUACAGAACCAGAAGAAGAAACUUAAGAAAAACUGCCUCAUACAGCAGUGAUUGUGCUAUCACCCAUUCUGUUGAAAAUUAGUCAAAAAAGUGAUAAUACUUUGCAAAUACCUUCUAUUCUGUUGUACUCCGCUUACCUCUCUCAAAAGAGAUUAUGAGACUAUGACCAUGAUACUGCCGUUUGUUUGUUUGUA